UUAGAUUCAAUCAAAUGAUUACACAUGCUACUCGUAUAGCUUACAAAAUUAUUAAAUUUCCACACCUCGAUCAUUAUAAUUUUUUUUAAGUCCGCUACUAAUCAAUUCGUGUCAUAAUAAAAAAAAGAGGGCCCACAGUUUAUGUCCUAUAGCUAUGAGGACGAGUCUACAAAAGCAGAAGCAAAAAUAAUAGAGGAUCUCCACUAUCUCCAUUCUCCAAAAUAUUAUUAAGGUGCUCCCUUUUCCUAUAUAGUGUUGUUUUGUACCCUGCUUUGCUUUGCAGCUGAAUGCAGCAGAGAGGAAGAGCUCUCAACCGUAGAUCAAGGUCUUUCUCUCGUUCUCGCCUCGCCAUCAACGGUUCUUAGUCCUCUUUCCUUUUUAACCAACUUUCUCUCUCCUCCACUUACUCUUGUCAAAAGAUAUGGCUCCUCAAAUUGCUCAUCUUGAGGUUCUUCCUUCGCUUCCACCUUAUGAAGGAAAGUCUGUAUUACAAAUUGGUGAGGGUAUAGGUCACCUUACUGGUGAAUUGGCCAAAAAGGCAGGCCAGGUUGUAGCUGUUGAUGUCACUGGGAGUGUGAAAGCCGAGAGUGAAAGCAUAAGUGCACAAUACCCAAAUGUGAAGUUCAUUUCUGCUGAUGUUUCAUGUCCUAAUCUAGACAUUUCACCAGAAUCCUUUGAUCUGAUAUUCGCUAAUUCGUUUCUUGUGCAUCUUUCUGAUGAUGAGGUUGGAAAAAUGGUUCAAAGCAUGGUGAAAUGGUUGAAACCAGGAGGCUUUAUCUACUUUAGAGAGACUUGUGCUAAUGACAGUGCUAAUCAGAACCAAAGCAAGUCAAUCCACUAUCGCAAUCCUAAGUUCUACUCAAAGGUAUUCAAAGAAUGCCGCGUGCAAAAUGAAUCUGGGAACUCUUAUGAGCUCUCUGUGGUUGGUGGCAAAUGCAAUUCAAACAAGAUUUGCUGGACAUUGCAGAAAGUUGAUUCAGAGAAUGACAAAGGGUUUCAGCAAUUUCUGGAUAAUGUUCAGUACAAAGCUAAUGGCAUUUUGCGUUAUGAGCGAGUCUUUGGCCCUGGUUAUGUGAGCACUGGGGGAGUAGAAACCACGAAAGAAUUUGUGUCGAAGCUUGGCCUGAAACCUGGCCAGAAAGUUCUGGAUGUGGGUUGUGGCAUAGGUGGAGGUGAUUUUUACAUGGCAGAGGAGUUCAAUGUUGAGGUUGUUGGAAUUGAUCUCUCCAUUAAUAUGAUCUCUAUAGCUCUUGAGCGUACUGUUGGACUCAAUUGUGCUGUCGAGUUUGAGGUGGCUGAUUGUACAACAAUAACCUACCCAGAUAAUGCUUUUGAUGUGAUCUACAGCCGUGACACCAUUCUCCACAUUCAGGAUAAACCUGCAUUAUUCAGAUCGUUUUACAAAUGGUUGAAACCUGGCGGGAAAGUGUUAAUCAGUGAUUACUGCAGGAAUGCCGGUACACCAUCAACUGAAUUUGCAGCAUAUAUUAAGCAGAGGGGAUAUGAUCUCCAUGAUGUGCAGGCAUAUGGCCAGAUGCUUAGAGAUGCUGGAUUCGAUGAAGUUGUUGCUGAGGAUAGGACUGAUCAGUUUCUGAAAGUUCUGGAGAGGGAACUUAAUGCAGUCGAAAAGGAAAAGGAAAGAUUUAUUGCAGACUUCUCUGAGGGAGAUUACAAUGACAUAGUUGGUGGCUGGAAGGCUAAGUUGGUCAGGAGUUCAUCCGGUGAGCAACGAUGGGGUUUAUUCAUUGCUGAGAAAGCAGCAGUGAAGAACUGAUCUUUGCCAGCGCCUCUAAUCGGAUUUUACAAGUAUUUUCAGUUAUGAAUCAUGUGUACUCUGGUAGUUAUUAUUCUUCUGCCAUGAAAUAAAGUGGAAAAUUGUUGAAAUACAAAUUAUGUGGUAUAACAUUCCUAUAACAAGUAUUUUGGACUGUUUCUUUUUGCUAAUGAUCUGCUUUUAAUAAACUUUUUAGAAUGUUUACAA